UUGGUCUGUGAGUUUGCGACAGCUCUUGUGUUUUGUGCAGUUUUCCUACGGUAUUGCAUUUUAUUUGACGCGCACGUAUUUUUAUUUAUAUUAUUUCGAUUUUCUAUUUUCUCCCUUUUUGCCGUUUUAUUUGAAAAACAGGUGUUCAUACAAAAUAUAAAUUAGGUGAGCUUUUAAUGCACUGUGUUUGAAACAUGAAUUUGAGGAAAAUCAACAAUAAUUAGACGGUUUCAGGAUUGCAUCAUUUAUUAGUUCACAAAAAUAAUUGGUUAAUGUCUGGAUUUUCAUUGAAAAAACAGCGAACAGACGCGGAAAAGUUUGGCUUAGAUUUAUUGAUUGGUGGAUUAUCAGCAACAGUUUCAAAAACAGCAGUUGCACCGAUAGAACGUGUGAAGAUCCUGUUACAAGUUCAAUAUUCUCACAAAGAUAUCCCGGCAGAUAAACGUUUUAAUGGAAUAAUUGAUGCAUUUAUAAGAGUUCCGAAGGAACAAGGAUUUGCAAGUUUUUGGAGAGGAAAUUUGACCAACGUUAUUCGCUAUUUCCCUACACAAGCUUUCAAUUUUGCAUUUAAUGAUUUGUAUAAAUCGAUUUUAUUGAAGAAUAUAAAAAGAGAGGAUGUAAGUUGACAUAUUUAUUCGGAUGGAAAAAUAAUAUUAAUGGAAUUAUUAUACAGAAUGUGAUAGGAUACAGUGCGAGAACUUUAGUCUCCGGUGGUUUAGCUGGUUGCUCAAGUUUAUGUAUAGUUUAUCCAUUGGAUUUUAUUCGAACUCGUUUAUCAGCUGAUAUGGGACAUGCAGGAAAUCGAGAAUAUAAAGGAUUAUAUGAUUGCACAAUGAAAACAGUUCGAAGUGAAGGUGUUGGUGCAUUAUAUCGCGGAUUUUCAAUUUCUCUUCAAACAUAUUUCAUCUAUCGAUCUGUUUAUUUCGGUUUAUAUGAUGCGAUUCGAAGUAGUAUAAAUAGUGAUAAGAAAAAGUUGCCUUUCUAUACAUCUUUCGCCAUUGCUCAGGUUAGUGUUUUUUUCGUGAAAAAUGGAUCUUAUAAGAAGUGUGGAUAUUUUUAAAGGGUGUUACCGUACUGUCAAGUUAUCUCACUUAUCCAUGGGAUACUGUGCGGCGAAGAAUGAUGGUAAAGGGACAAUUGAGCACUUCAAAAGCUGUUGCUGCUGCAAGAAAAAUUGUGAGAGAAGAAGGAAUGAAAGGAUUGUAUAAAGGAGCAUUGGCAAAUAUUUUCAGGUGAGACUAUGUUUUUUUCGAGCUUAUUUCUCAGUAGACGCGCCUAACGAACCUAAUUAUCUUUAAAAAACAUGUAAUUUUUUCAGAAGCGCUGGUGGUGCAUUAGUUAUGGCAAUUUACGAAGAAAUUCACAAACACAUGUAA